AUGCUUAGGAUUCCUGAAGAUAGUAUGCACGCUAGGAAUCCAAUCCUCAAUGACGAUAUAGGUCCUUUCGCAAUAACCCCUCCAAUUGACUGCUCUUUCGAAUCCUUUGAUCGGUGGAGCGGUAUUCCUACUGGUACUGUAGAUACUGCGGAUGCUAUCCCAUCUAGCGAUGUCGAUAAUGCCACAUCUUCAACCCCUAUGUUUAUAGAUCCACGGCACUUGAUAGUCUUGACUAGUCCUAUACUACAUCAAGACUUGUUUGGGAAAUUCGAGCCCUUACUUCGCAUGUAUGAUCAAGAGUUUUGUAUCACGCCACUGAGCGGAGAUAUUCCCAGUAAUCCUCUUCGAUGUCGUCUGGAAACUUGCCGCGCAUCCCGUUCCUUGUUACAUGCUAUCCUAGCAGUAUCUUGCUACCACGCUGGUAGACAAGGAAGUAAAGAUGACUAUCCGAUAACUGACGUUGCCGAUCAUCAGAAUACUGCCGUGGAACUGUAUCGGAAAGAACAGAACAUGUCGUAUGGAGUGCAACUUCUCGACACAACAAUUGUACUAUUCUUAUGCAGGGCAACACAAUGCGCCUUUAAUAACUGGGCUACUCACAUUUACGAGGCCGGGAAGCUCCUCAAACUCUCUGGUGGACCAGGAGCUUGGUUAAAUAACCGAAAAGUCCAAGCUCAAGUUGUGUUGCUUUUGUGUAUCUAUUGGAGUUUCUUCGACCUUGUUGGCUGCCCCAGAGAAUUAAUUGUCCCUCUCAUGCAGCUAGCAAAUCUCGCCGAAGAAAAUGAAAAGGCCUUAUCGAUGCGAUGGACAAGAUUUGACCUAACACUUGUGGACGAGAUUCAGAAUUCCAUCACGAACUGGAAAAAUAGUAACCCAGAUAUUGAUGAGGAUCUAUCAGAAGAAGCAAUGCAUCAACAACGAGACCGGUGGCAUUGCACUGAGGCAUGGCGAUACGGUCUCUUGAUCUACAUCACGCGAGUCUUUCGAUGGAAUCGGGAAACGAGCGUGCCAAAAAAACUGGCAACAUAUGCAAGAUUUAUCUUGGAGCACGUUCAGUGUUGUCGUCGUACUUCCAUCGUGCAGAAACAGGCCUUUCUCCCUCUCUUUUUUGCCGGGUGUGAAACCAAGGACGGGUUUUCGCGACAGAGUAUUCGCGAUUAUUGUCAAUAUUGGGAUAUAGCUUCGGGCUAUAACCUCUUCAGUAGCGCAGCUUCAUUGCUUGAAGAAGUCUGGAUGGGGCAAGAUGGGCUUCAUGGUGAUAGAGCCUGGUGGGGGUCUGUAAUAGACAAGAGGCAGGAGCUCAGAAGUUCGUUUGGAGAAGCUCCUAUGCAAUUUUGUUUUGGAUAG